AUGUUAAAUAGGCUCAGGGCCAUUGAAUACAUUCCUGCAGAAAUUCAUCCUAAUUUAGCUAAGGACAGUGUUGGGCUUGGAGGGAGAUCAAAGGAGACAAUUAAUAGAAAGUGGGACGAAUUAGCGAUAUGUCUGAAUACUAAUGGAUCUGGAGCUACAAAAAAUGGACAAUGCUGGAGAAGGGGGAAUACAUUACUGUUGUGGUUCCUCCCGCAGCGGAAACAGCCCGGAGAGCGACCAGACGAUGUGAACGGCUGUAGCUGCGGCAGCGCCAUGUUUGAGCUGUUGCCCCCACUCCUGCGCGUGCCUCCUUGGCUCCGCUGCGCUGCAGGGACGAGAACGGUUAAGUAUAAAAUUCCUCCUCAAAGGUGUAACGUAAUAAUUUCUGACAUAACAAAACAAGUUUUCUUUAUGACCCUGCCCUUAGAAUUUGGCCCUACAGCUACCAUGGAGAUUAGGCUUUUAGCAAAUAGGCAAAUAACAUUUUCUCUGAUAUUGACCGCAGUUACAAAUCCAGGCAGGGCUGGAUCCAGUCCAGUGAUCCGAGGUAGGAGGGCGUAUGCACAUAGAAAGCUGGUUACCGGCGCCGAUCUAGCAGCGCUUAUCGGAACCGGUGCGCGCAGGCAGCCGGCGCAGGCAGUUUCUAUACUUUGUGUCGAAACAGCGCCGAUAAGCGCCGAACGGCGCUGA